CAUGCCCUUAGGUUUCUGCUAAGGAUGAUGAUGGUGUAACUCUUUCUAUUUCAGUAGCAUCAUUUACCAAAUAAAUAAAUAAAUAACUAAAAUAAAAUAAAAAGAAAAAGGGAAGGAAUAAGAAGAAGAAGAAGAAGAAGAAGAAGAAGCGAAAGAAACUAUUUUUACAGUUUUCAUAUUCUAUUUUCCCCCCACUCAAUGUCUCACACAUUGCGAAUUUCAUUCCCUACAUCGCGUUCUUCCUUCAACAAUACUUCAUUGAAGAGGGUUAAGAGAAGCAGAAAUCAUCACUUCCCUCAAAUCCAAUGCUCUUCCAAGCAUUCAAGUCUCAAAUAUGAAAAUCAUGCUAAUAAUGAAGGAGGUGAAGGCUUAUCUAAAGUGAUAUUGGUUGAGAGAUAUAGCAAUGGUACUGCUAAGAGAUAUGUGUUAGGUGAUGAUUCACAGUUGCAAACUAUCCUUGUUGAGGAGGAUAGCUCUACAACAAACAGGUUCCAAGAUUUGAAUUCUUUUGAUGGAAGAAUAUCGUGGCUUCCACAGAUAAUCAAGGAUUUUGUUCUACCAGCUGGCUUUCCUGGAUCUGUUUCGGAUGAUUACUUGAACUACAUGUUGUUGCAGUUCCCUACCAAUGUGACUGGAUGGAUCUGUCACACCCUAGUUACUUCAAGUCUCCUAAAGGCUGUUGGCAUUGGCUCUUUCUCUGGAACUACGGCGGCUGCUUCUGCUGCUGCCAUCAGAUGGGUCACGAAGGAUGGCAUUGGAGCUGUUGGGAGAUUAUUCAUUGGUGGAAGAUUUGGAAAUCUGUUUGAUGAUGAUCCAAAGCAAUGGAGAAUGUAUGCAGACUUCAUUGGCAGUGCCGGAAGCAUUUUUGAUCUGACAACCCAAUUAUAUCCGGCCUAUUUCCUUCCUUUGGCCUCUCUUGGAAAUCUUACAAAGGCUGUUGCAAGAGGACUAAAGGAUCCUUCCUUUCGUGUGAUCCAAAACCACUUUGCGAUCUCAGGAAAUCUGGGGGAGGUAGCAGCAAAGGAAGAGGUUUGGGAAGUGGUUGCCCAGCUGGUUGGCCUUGCUUUUGGCAUAUUAAUACUGGAUACACCUGGCCUUAUAAAAUCAUAUCCCGUAAUUUCUUUAACAUGGUUGAGUAUGCGACUUCUGCAUCUUUGGCUACGCUAUGAAUCUCUUUCAGUCCUUCAGUUUAACACUAUAAACCUCAAGCGUGCUCGCAUACUUGUAAAAUCACACGUGUUGCACUCAAUCGUUCCAGGAUGCGUGGAUUGCAACAGGGAAGAAAAUAUAUUAUGUUGGUCACAGUUCAUGAAGCCAAAGAUUAUUUUUGGCUUGCCCCUGGAAAAGAUGGAUGGUGUGACAAGAUCUCAUUUUGUGGUGAAGGAACUUCUAAAAUUAUAUGCAAAUGAGAAACAUAUUCUUAUAGUGAACCAGCAAGAAGAAGGUUUGGAGUUCUAUGUUUCUUUCAAGGUUGGAGCAAUGAGCAUCUCAGUAUUGCGAAGUGUGUGGCAAAUGUUCUGGCUAAGCGAGAACUGGGAUGGCGAAGUUAGUGUCUGCGAUCAACUUGCUAAUAGCCUGAUGCAAUUGGAAGACAGGUUUGAUGAUUUCAUUCAAAAGUUGAAAGAAGCUGGAUGGAAUGCCCAGCAAAUCAAUUUGAAGGUUCCCACAGAAGUCUUAAUUGAUGAUAUAAAUCUUCUCUAACUACUAAAAAUAUUUAUAUUAGAAUGUUUCAUAUUUUCAUUAUUGAUAUGACCAAUUGACCAUUCAAAUUAGUCACUCUGUUGGCAGAGUUGCAACCAUUCGAAGAUAUAGUUUCCACUUGCAGAUAUGCAGAACAUGGGGACAAUGCAACACCUAUUCGUGUAAAACUAAUGGCAUGAUUUGAACAUUUGUAUUCAUACAAAUAUCAAAGUAUUUUCAUACAUCAAAAAAAUAAUCUAACUGUAAAUAAAAUGUUUGUCAAAUCCAGCUAUCUAGCUUGGACACAUCUGACAGAUGCUGGAGUUUUCUUUCUU